UCUCUACCUCAGUGUCAGUGAGAAGGUCUAUCACAGCAGGGACCACUCAGACAUGCAGGAGAGAGCGUGGACACGCGCCCGACCCGUCCUCAACACAAAGUCAGCACAGGAAUACCUGGAUAAGUACGGCUGGACUGAGCCUGUCCCCUGGGAACAGCUGGCAUACCAAGGGGUUUCCGUGCCCCUGGACGAUGACCCCUCGCCGCUGGAUAUCUCUGGCCUGCUCUUGGAGGGACACUACAACCGGAGACACAUCAAGCAGCAGGAACCAUCCCAGCAGAUGCUGGCCAAGUACAGCAGUGCCCUGCUCCGAUUCCAGACUGCCAACAGUAUCCCCGUCACUGGCAUCCUGGACGAUGCCACCAAGGAGGCGAUGAACGUGCCCCGCUGCGGUGUUCCAGAUCACAAAGCCCACGGCAAUGACUCAGAGAGUGGGAAUGGGACAGUGGUGGUGGGCUCGGCUGGGCUGGAUAGUAACCUCAGCACCAUCGCCAACGCGCCAACCUGGCCAGACACCUCCCAUUACGGGGUCCACGCCAGGCAACUCCUGCCCAACCUCGGGGAAUCCCAGCACAGCCCCACAGAGGACAUCAGCUCUGAGCAACUGGACCAGCUCACCAGGUCAGGUCAACGCCCACUCAACCAAACAGCAACAUCCGACCGGAAUGGCACAGGGCAAUCCUGGGAGAGCUCCGAUCCGAAUGGGGACCAAAGGCCCAGGUUGAUGCGAUGGCUGGUGGACAGCCUGAGGAGGAAGAGAGGGUCCCUGGACGUGUUGGACAAUUCCUUACCCAUCGUGGCCUUCAGCAAGACCACCCUCAAAUGGCGGAUUGUGGAUGAGGGCUACAGUUCCCAGCUCACCAUCGCAGACCAGAAAAUGAUCCUGAAGUUAGCCUUCCGCAUGUGGAGUGAGGUCACUCCCCUCAUCUUCGAGGAGGAUCUGACCUCCCCCGCCUCCGAAAUCGACAUCAAACUGGGAUUUGGAACAAAGCGACACCUCGGCUGCUCGCAGGUUUUCGACGGGACAGGCCAGGAGUAUGCCCACGCCUGGCGCCUGGGCGACGUGCACUUUGAUGACGACGAGCAUUUUGUCAGCCCCUCGAGCAGUGAGGGGAUCAGUUUACUGACGGUGGCUGUCCAUGAGAUUGGUCACGUGCUGGGUCUUCCACACAUCAGGAGGCCGGGAUCCAUCAUGCACCCCAACUACAUCCCACAGGAUUCCAAGGAUCUGGAAUUAGACUGGUACGACCGCAAAGCCAUUCAACAGAUCUACGGGGUCUGUGAAGGCAGCUUCAACACUGUGUUCGACUGGGUGCGCAGAGAGGAGAACGAGUUCGGGGAGGUCACCUACCGUUUCAACACCUACUUCCUGCGGCACGGCUGGUACUGGAUGUACGAGAACCGCUUCAACAGGACGCGGUACGGAGACCCCAUCCCCCUGGUGGUGGGCUGGAGGGGUCUCCCUCCCUCUGACAUCGACGGCUUCGUUCACAUCUGGACCUGGAACAAGGAUGUCACCCUCUUCUUCAAAGGCACCAUGUACUGGCAGUACGACAAUGACAAUGACCGAGUCUACACGGAGGACCCUCAGGGGAACCGUUACCCUCGCGCCAUCUCUCAUGGCUUCCCAGGGAUCGAUGGCCCCGUUGACACCACCUACUUCGACAAAAGGGAUCACUGUGUCUAUUUCUUCAAAGGCUUCAAUGUGACUGCGUUCAGUGUGGAUCUGAACAGCACCGUCCCCGGGUACCCCAAGAGGAUCGUGGACGUCUUCCCUCCUGUUGUCAAGGGUAACCACCCCCUGGGGAACCUGGAUGCGGUUUAUUACUCGUACACACACGCCUCGGUGUUUAUCUUCAAGGACACAGUGUACUGGAAGGUGGUGAAUGAGCGAGACCGUGAGGUGAAUGGCUCCCUGCCACUCAAUGGCCUCCUGCCCCAGGGCCGUGUUUCAGAGCACUGGUUCGAUAUCUGUGAAGUGGAUGGUUCUACCAGCCCAGGGCAACAGUAACUGAGUGAACACCCACCUCACCAACUCCCCUCACUGUGACAGCGACAAUGCAGGUUGAUGUACACCAGCCUCAGACAGCAGUGCCCCGGUAACUGUGGACAGUCCACCCCUGACCAGCUGAUCGGCACUGUCCAAUACCGGGCCCGAACUCCUCCUGGUAACAGAAUCUGAUCGUCUCCAACGAAGCCAUCGCCGCUCACCAAGAUACGUCCUGCACUGAGAUCGGGGACCAACUGCUAACGGUUCAUCAACCACCUGUCACCACAUCACCGUUCCCCACAAUUAAUCAACCCCGUCAAAUAUAGCAUCGCUCUGUCCACCCCCGUGCUGUCCCUGUCCUGGGUGUGUUUGAUGGGGACAGUGUAGAGGGAGCUUUACCCUGCAUCUAACCCCAUGCUGUCCCUGUCCUGGGAGUAUUUGAUGGGGACAGUGUAGAGGGAGCUUUACUCGAUAUCUAACCUCGUGCUGUCCCUGUC